CAGGAAAUGUGUCUAAUGAUACACCUCCUUCUGGCUGACAGGAAACACUAAAACAUCAUAGGCUACAGUAGCUGAUCUGGGAUUAAGCAAAUAGUGCAAAACAUACCCUUUAAGUAGGCUAUGACUUAAAUAAUCAGGACUUGAUUUCUGAUUAAAACUAACAGUGACUGAACCGUGGUCAGUACAUUUUGUUAUUAAGGUAGAUAUUGUGGCUGAAAGAAAUCUCUGUCAAAUCGAAAUUCCUUCAGAGUAAAGUUAUUUGCAUUUGAGCAACCAAGCUGAACUUAUUUUGGCAACUAGUUUGUCCUGAGACACGAAAAUUGAUCCCUUCAUCGGCUAGCUGCCAUAUAUGGUUGCACUUCCUUUUGUCGAGUCAGACGCUUGCGCACUUGGAACCGCGCUCCUAGAAACCGCAUUGUAUCCAUGAUGGCUGCUGCCUUGGGACGGAGUCUUGUAACAUUGGUCAAGGGUGCUAGUGUUCCCCUGUGGCAGCCCGUGAGCACGAGAGCCCUCAGUCUCACCGCGUGUCGCAAUGUCCCCGAGGCUCCCCCAGCUCGGGCUGACAGCACCUUCAAGGUUACCAUGGUACCUGGAGAUGGCGUCGGACCCGAGCUCAUGACUGCCGUCAAGGAGGUCUUCAAGGCUGGUGAUGUUCCGGUGGAGUUCGAGGAGUUCCACCUGAGCGAGGUCCAGCACAUGGCCAGUGAGGAGAAGCUGGACCAGGUGCUGACCUCCAUGAAGACCAACAGGGUGGCCAUGAAAGGGAAGAUUCACACUCCCAUGGAGUUCAAAGGAGAGCUGGCGUCCUACGAGAUGAGGCUGAGGAGGAAGCUGGACCUGUUUGCCAAUGUGGUCCAUGUGAAGAGUUUGCCUGGUUACAGCACACGCCACAACAACCUGGACCUGGUCAUCAUCCGCGAGCAGACGGAGGGAGAGUACAGCUCUCUGGAGCACGAGAGUGUGACCGGUGUGGUUGAGUGUCUAAAGAUCAUCACUCGUGUGAAGUCUCGCCGCAUCGCCAAGUUUGCGUUCGACUACGCCACCAAGAACGGCCGCAGCAAGGUCACUGCCGUGCACAAGGCCAACAUCAUGAAACUGGGUGACGGCCUGUUCCUGCAGUGCUGUGCAGAGAUCGCUGAGCUGUACCCCAAAAUCAAGUACGAGAACAUCAUCAUCGACAACUGUUGCAUGCAGCUGGUGCAGAACCCAUACCAGUUUGAUGUGCUUGUGAUGCCCAAUCUCUAUGGCAACAUCAUUGACAACCUGGCCGCUGGGCUGGUGGGUGGAGCUGGGGUAGUGCCUGAGAGCUACAGCGCCGAGUACGCCGUGUUCGAGACGGGAGCGCGGCACCCGUUUGCCCAAGCAGUGGGCAGGAACAUCGCCAACCCGACCGCCAUGCUGCUGAGUGCUGCCAACAUGCUGCGCCACCUCAAUCUGGAGUAUCACUCCAACAUGGUCUCCGAGGCUGUCAAAAGGGUCAUCAAGCAGGGCAAGGUGCGCACAGGUGACCUUGGAGGCUACGCCAGCAGCGAUGAGUUUACCCGCGCCGUCAUCGCCAACCUCACUGCCUGAUCCUCUACAGGACCUGAAACCACACACACACACACACACACACACACACACACACACACACACACACACACACACACACACACACACACACAGAGACCAAGCCUCUCUUUAGAUGCCCCCUUCACUAAGAAAGCACAAAGUUGAGCAACCAUAACCUCUUUACGUUUAUAUCAGCCAAGUUAACGGGGCUGGAACAACGUCAUCCACAUUCCAUACAACUGUAUUCUCACUGCUGAAUCUCAUCAGACGUGGAACUAAUUUGAAACCGUAAAAAAAAAAGAUGUGGUAUGUCUGUGUAUUUAUUCUGCUAUUUAUAUGCUUUUAGAGUUUAUGCCACAUUUAUUCAUUUGUGAAAAAUAAACGUACUUGUGUGAAA